AUGGCCAUGCCUCGCUCAAUCCCGAUGUAUCAAAAAGAUGCCGCUGUGCAUAAACUCGUCACCAAAAUUGUCUCUUGUCUGCCCAUUGGAUCACUCUCAGAGACAGACCGGUCAUUCUUCAAGGGGGCUGACACCAGCGACCAUGUGGUCUCCACCGAGGACACAGUUUUCCAUCCGCAGGGUGGAGGCCAGCCCAGCGACAUCGGCGAAAUGAAGCCUCAGGACGGCGAUGGGUCAUUCAGCGUCAAAUGUGCCCGAAAAUUACCAGACAGCCAAAUUUAUCACCUUGGAUCUUUCCAGAACACGCAGAAAUUUUUCAAUGGUGGUGAAUCAGUCGCGCAAAAUAUCAAUAGUGCGACACGGAACUAUCAUUCUCGAUACCACACGGCGGGACACAUUCUUGGACUUGCAGUCAAGCAAUUGAGAGACAUAGUUGGUACUGUGUCUGAGCUCAAAGCGAAUCAUGCCCCCGGGGCGGCCUUCGUGGAAUUUCGAGGUUUGAUCGCUGGGGAACACAAAGCCGCUAUCCAGGAGAAAACAUCUAGCCUGAUCCAAAGCAACCUUGAGGUCAAGGUUGACUGGUGGGACGUGCAGACCGCCAUAUCACGAGGGGUAGCCUUGCCAGAAGGGUCUGCUGAGUCCCAAGGCAACAUUCGUGUUGUGGAUGUGGUAGGUGCUGGGGCUUACGCUUGUGGGGGGACACACUUGCCCGAAACCCGUGACAUUGGAGGGAUUGUUGUUAGAAAGAUCAGUCGACAGAAGGGGAUCACCAAAAUCUCAUAUGAGAUUACCGAUUGA